UCUGCGGUUCGCUUGACUGACGGCGCAGCCUCCGGGCCUAGCCACAGCAGCAACGGCAGAGGCCAGCGGGCGAGGUCAAGAUGGUGGCUCCGCGGGCGGGGGAGGCGGUGGAGGGAGGAGGAGUUAGACCUUAGCCAGCCGGAAACACCGAAACCCAGAGACCUCCUGGGGAGCCGCCGCCGCCGCCCUCUCGGCCAUCGCUGCCUCCGCCGCCUGCUCCACCUCGAGGGACGCGAGCGGGCGGCGGGGCGGGCCGUGAGAGAGACAGGAGAGGAAGGAGGGCAGGGGCGGAGUUGCCCGCCUUAGCCCCCGCCCCCGGCCGCGGCCCCGGGCCCUGCCCCGCGCGGCCCUGCCCGGCCCACCGAGCCCUGGUGUGGCAGCGGCUCAUGGCGGCCGUGGGGCCCCCGCAGCAGCAGGUGCGGAUGGCCCAUCAGCAGGUCUGGGCGGCGCUCGAAGUGGCGCUCCGGGUGCCCUGCCUUUACAUCAUCGACGCCAUCUUCAACUCCUACCCCGAUUCCAGCCAAAGCCGGUUCUGCAUCGUGCUCCAGAUCUUCCUCCGGCUCCUUGGUGUAUUUGCAUCCAGUAUUGUUCUGAUCUUGUCACAACGAUCACUUUUCAAGUUUUACAUGUACAGCUCAGCCUUUCUGUUAGCUGCAACUUCAGUGUUGGUGAAUUAUUAUGCUUCUUUGCACAUUGACUUCUAUGGUGCCUACAACACGUCAGCUUUUGGAAUUGAGCUGCUUCCUCGAAAAGGUCCCUCGCUGUGGAUGGCACUUAUCGUUCUACAGCUAACAUUUGGAAUUGGAUACGUUACACUACUCCAGAUUCAUUCCAUCUAUUCACAAUUAAUUAUUUUGGAUCUCUUGGUUCCUGUAAUAGGCUUAAUCACAGAGCUACCAUUACACAUCAGAGAGACUUUAGUGUUUACUUCUUCCUUGAUUCUCACAUUAAAUACAGUGCUUGUCCUGGCAGUGAAACUGAAGUGGUUUUAUUAUUCCACACGAUAUGUUUAUCUUUUGGUGAGGCACAUGUAUCGAAUUUAUGGAUUACAGUUAUUGAUGGAGGACACAUGGAAGAGGAUUCGUUUCCCAGACAUACUACGAGUCUUUUGGCUAACAAGAGUUACAGCUCAGGCUACAGUGUUAAUGUACAUCUUAAGGAUGGCAAAUGAAACUGAUUCCUUCUUUAUUUCUUGGGAUGAUUUUUGGGACCUCAUUUGCAAUCUUAUAAUUAGCGGGUGUGAUUCUACACUAACUGUACUGGGCAUGAGUGCUGUAAUUUCCUCAGUAGCCCAUUAUUUGGGGCUUGGAAUAUUGGCCUUUAUUGGAUCAACUGAGGAAGAUGACAGGCGUCUUGGCUUUGUUGCACCUGUUUUAUUUUUUAUUUUGGCUCUUCAGACUGGGUUAAGUGGGCUAAGACCAGAAGAGAGACUUAUUCGCUUAAGUAGAAACAUGUGCCUUUUAUUAACUGCAGUCCUGCAUUUUAUCCAUGGAAUGACAGACCCUGUAUUAAUGUCUCUCAGUGCCUCUCAUGUGUCAUCUUUUCGUAGACAUUUUCCUGUGCUGUUUGUCUCUGCUUGCCUGUUUAUUCUUCCUGUCUUACUCAGUUAUGUUCUUUGGCAUCACUAUGCACUAAAUACAUGGUUGUUUGCAGUUACAGCAUUUUGUGUGGAACUGUGCUUAAAAGUAAUUGUUUCUCUCACUGUUUAUACGUUAUUCAUGAUUGAUGGCUACUAUAAUGUCCUCUGGGAAAAGCUUGACGAUUAUGUCUACUACGUUCGUUCAACAGGCAGUAUUAUUGAAUUUAUAUUUGGAGUUGUAAUGUUUGGAAAUGGGGCUUACACUAUGAUGUUUGAGUCGGGAAGUAAAAUUCGGGCUUUUAUGAUGUGCCUACAUGCAUAUUUUAACAUCUACUUACAAGCCAAAAAUGGCUGGAAGACAUUUAUGAAUCGUAGGACUGCUGUGAAGAAAAUUAAUUCACUUCCUGAAAUAAAAGGGAGCCGCUUACAAGAAAUAAAUGAUGUAUGUGCAAUCUGCUAUCAUGAGUUUACAACAUCUGCUCGUAUUACACCGUGUAAUCAUUAUUUCCAUGCACUUUGCCUUCGGAAAUGGCUGUACAUUCAAGAUACUUGUCCAAUGUGCCAUCAGAAAGUAUACAUCGAAGAUGAUAUCAAGGAUAAUUCAAAUGUAUCUAACAACAAUGGAUUUAUUCCACCCAAUGAAACUCCAGAGGAAGCUGUAAGAGAAGCUGCUGCUGAAUCUGACAGGGAAUUGAAUGAAGAUGACAGUACAGAUUGUGAUGAUGAUGUUCAAAGAGAAAGAAAUGGAGUGAUUCAGCACACAGGCGCAGCAGCUGAAGAAUUUAAUGAUGAUACUGACUGAUGAAAAUAGCAUUUAUUAAUGAUUGAGGUAUUUGUUUAAAAUUCAGUUCAUCCAAAAUGGAGUAAUAUCCUUCACCUUCAGUGUGUAACCAAGCACAAAAACAGUAUCAAUGUUGAAUCUGUGAAUGGUUUUCCGUUUACUGUGAUGUGCUACUGUAAAUAUACCUCUUUAAUUACUUCUGGUCUCUUUGGUGACCUGUUUAAAUUUGUGUACAUUAUUGUACAUAGAAUAAAAUGUUUUCACAUUUUUAUGACAAAA